UUGUACUCUAUAUAUUGAUCUCAAUCUCAAGAAAGAUAGGCAUCAAAUUCAUACUAAACGAGAAGUUCAUAAGCUUUGUUUUUUCAGCCAUUAUCGUCUUCGUUGCUUCAUCUUUUCGCUUGUGUGAAUAUGGGCAGUGAAAUUCCUGAUCAGCUUCGCAUGUUCCUUUUUCCUUUUUUGGCUCAUGGUCACAUGAUACCAACUGUGGACAUGGCCAAGCUUUUUGGAAGUCGCGGCGUGAAAACCACCAUAAUCACCACUCCAGCCAAUGCGCCUCUCAUCUCAAAAUCCAUUCGGAAGAAUAAUGAUUUGGCUACUGAAAUUGAUUUCAAGAUCAUCAAUUUUCCUUCUGUGGAGGCUGGUUUGCCAGAGGGCUGUGAAAAUCUUGACGCAGUAGCUACUAGUAUGGAAAUGACGAUAAAGUUUUUCAAAGCUACAACCUUGCUCCGAGAGCCUCUUGAGGUGCUAUUGGGAGAAUCCAAACCAGACUGCUUGGUGGCCGAUAUGUUCUUCCCUUGGGCCACUGAUGCCGCAGCCAAAUUUGGGAUUCCCAGGCUGGUGUUUCAUGGCACAAGUUUCUUCUCUUUGUGUGUAUCAGCAUGCUUGGUGCAAUAUCAGCCACACAAAAAAGUUUCAUCCGAUUCAGAACCAUUUGUGGUGCCUAACCUUCCUGGUGAUAUUAAGUUGACAAGGAAGCAGCUUCCAGAUUUUAUACAACAAGAAGAAGAAACUGAAUUUACCAUGCUAUCUAAAGAAAUGCAACAAGUAGAGAGAAGGAGCUUCGGUACUCUGGUCAACAGCUUUUACGAGCUUGAGCCGGCUUAUGCUGAUCAUUACAGGAAGGUUUUAGCUAGAAGGGCAUGGCAUAUAGGCCCUGUUUCACUCUGCAAUAGGAAUGUUGAAGAUAAAGCGUUGAGGGGAAAGCAAGCCUCCAUUGAUGAACACGAGUGCUUGAAGUGGCUAAAUUCAAAGAAACCCAGUUCAGUUAUUUAUGUAUGCUUUGGAAGUUUAGCCAACUUAUGUUCUGCUCAGCUAAGGGAGAUUUCACUGGGGCUCGAAGCUUCGGGGCAGCAAUUCAUAUGGGUUGUGAGGAAAAACAAAAACGGACAGGAAGAAAAGGAAGACUGGUUGCCAGAAGGAUUUGAAAAGAGAGUGGAAGGCAGAGGACUAAUAAUAAGAGGAUGGGCACCCCAAGUGUUGAUUCUUGAUCACGAAGCAGUGGGAGGAUUUGUGACACAUUGUGGAUGGAAUUCAACUCUUGAAGGAGUAACUGCGGGGGUGCCUAUGGUGACAUGGCCAGUGUUUGCGGAGCAGUUUUACAAUGAAAAGCUGGUGACUCAGGUUCUCAAGAUUGGUACUGCAGUUGGUGUUCAGCAAUGGUCUAGAGUUGGUGGUGAUUUUGUCAAGAGGGAAGUGAUAGAGAAGGCAGUGAAAGAGGUGAUGGUGGGUGAUAAGGCCGUUGAAAUGAGGAGCAGAGCCAAGGCACUCGGGCAGAUGGCAAAGAGGGCUGUUGAGGAAAGGGGUUCAUCUUACUCUGAUUUGAAUGCUUUUAUUGAAGAACUGAGUUUGCAACGCUGUUUGAAGGGAAGAAACUAGAGUUAGAAUAUCAUAUAGCAUGUAAUUGUUUUUAGUUCUUGUUAAUCAGUGUGUUCUUUGUGGUUGACAAGUAAAAUACGCAAUGUACUAGUUGAAAUGUUAUGUAGAAUUGUCUCUUUCUUAA